AUAGGGAAGUUUUGCAGGGGUUACGUUUGCAGUCAGUCCGGUGUUUGCAAAUAUUGUGUGGGCUCCGCGCGCUGCGGGCUGCGGGAGGGUCCGGACCGGGCGUCUGAUUGCCGUGCCAUUGAGUUUGCAUGAAACUUUCACCUGCGCUCGCGGGGAGAGUUUCGGCUCCGACUCCAGACCGCACACCUCCCUGUUUUCCCGACAGCGGGGACUGUCUUUUCCAAACCGACAUGGAUGUGCUCCCAAUGUGCAGCAUCUUCCAGGAACUCCAGAUUGUGCACGAAACGGGCUACUUCUCGGCUCUGCCGUCCCUGGAGGAAUAUUGGCAACAGACCUGCCUGGAGUUGGAACGUUACCUCCAGAGUGAGCCCUGCUAUGUUUCAGCCUCAGAAAUCAAAUUUGACAGCCAGGAAGAUCUGUGGACCAAAAUCAUUCUGGCUCGGGAGAAAAAGGAGGAAUCAGAACUGAAGAUUUCUUCUAGCCCCCCGGAGGACACUCUGAUCAGCCCCAGCUUCAGUUACAACUUAGAGACCAACAGCCUCAACUCAGAUGUCAGCAGCGAAUCAUCUGACAGCUCAGAGGAACUUUCACCCACUACCAAGUUCACCUCUGACCCCAUCAGCGAAGUCUUGGUCAAUUCAGGAAAUUUGAGCUCCUCUGUAACGUCCACGCCUCCUUCUUCUCCAGAACUGAGCAGAGAACCUUCUCAACUGUGGGGUUGUGUGCCUGGAGAGCUACCUUCACCAGGGAAGGUGCGCAGUGGGACUUCGGGGAAGCCGGGUGACAAGGGUAGUGGCGACGCCUCUCCAGACGGCAGGAGGAGGGUACAUCGAUGCCACUUUAACGGCUGCAGAAAAGUUUACACCAAAAGCUCCCACUUGAAAGCACACCAGCGUACUCACACAGGAGAAAAGCCUUACAGAUGCUCAUGGGAAGGGUGUGAGUGGCGUUUUGCAAGAAGUGAUGAGUUAACCAGACACUUCCGAAAGCACACCGGUGCCAAGCCUUUUAAAUGCUCUCACUGUGACAGGUGUUUCUCCAGGUCUGACCACCUGGCCCUGCACAUGAAGAGGCACCUCUGAGGGAGCAGAGGGGUGAUUCCUGUAGGCUAAAAGGCUUCCAGGCUGAGAGAAGGCCGUGGAAGGAGGGAUGCGUGUUCCAGCCAAAGCAUGCCAUUUUGCACCUAUCCAGUUGCCUCCAGGGCCUCUCUUUUGAAGGUCUUUUGAGGGCUAAAAAAGUCAUGUAAGAAGCAGCAUAGCACCCAUGGUGCAUGGUGUUUGGGUGACCCUGGACUCGCCACUGGUACCUAACCUUCUGAGAGGCUCCUGAGCCUUUGCUGUGAGCAUGCGCACUGAGAAUGUUAAUGGUUGGGUUGACUGUAUGUUGAGGAUCUAUUACUGACUGUAUGAUGAGGCAGACUUUUUUUCCCCUUGUAGUAGCAAAACUGCAAGAGAUGGAAACAAAAAGUUGUUUGAAUGUUUUGUGUGUAAGGAGUAUACCAUGAGAUGAGACGACCACCAAUCAUUUCCUGGGGGGUGUCUGCACCUUAGAAAAAAAAA